CUGCGCUUGCGCAGUAAUGCGCUUCACAGCACAGUGGAUGGGAAGCUUGUUUGAAGACACAUAUCCAUCAAUAGAACUCCAAAAGGUGCACAGCAACGUACGGAAAAUAGGGCCAGCUCCUUGCAGGCAGCUGCGUUGUGUAAAUCGUCAAACAUACGGUGCUGCGAAAAGCCAUGCACCACACAUCUUCCGAAAGCUCCGAAGCCAUCGGUGUGCUGAUGUGUUUGUAAAAGCGUGUAGGUUUGUGAAAGAAUGCCGUACAUGCAUUGCAGUGUUCCGGAUUGAGCGGAAAGCUGAUAACAAAACCGUACACCAUUAACACACCACAGGUCGAUAGCCGUUCCAUUCCAUCGCCCGGACGUCCCACCGGAAGCGGUGGGUGCAAGCAAAAAUGACCUUUCGCAGCAUUCGCGUGUCCUACAUUACAAUAUGGAACAUUUUCCUGGUGCUACCGAUCGUCACAUCCGACAAUGACUACAUCUCAGGCUACCAUCGUCGUUUACACCCGAUGAACCCAGUUUCAUGGACAGUGAAAGAUGGCCACGAUACGCGGGACAGUCUGGUGAAAACGAUCAACAUCUUCAUCGAGGAGCAGGCCCGCCGCCGCCUUAUGGAUCAUCUGCAGCGAUUGCAGGCCGCUGGAAGCAAAACUAUCCCGGCGCCGUCGUACCUCGGUGCUGGCGAGGUAUCGGAAGAGUAUCGCCCGACGUACACGUACCAGCUGCCGCUCACCAAUCAGAUCGAUUCGGAUGAAUCGAUCCCGUUUGCAGUAGGCCCGAGCGAUCCUCGCUUCUACGACCAAAAUCCCGGGCUGGCGCGUGACACCAAUCCAGACGGACUCGGUAUUGGUGAGGCUGGCGAUGGAUCCUUCCUUUACGACAGUUCCGAGCUGCGGGGCGGUGCUUCUGAUGACGAACGGGUCGCGUCCGCGGCCAUCGAACAGAAACCCAUCAAAGACUAUCGCCACCCACCGCCCCCACCUCCGAUUCGCCCAAAGAUAGGCAAGGGUACACACAACCGAAAUCAGGCCAACAAUGGAACACCGCUGACGAUUCCCGCUAGUGAAACCGAUCGCACCAGUUCGAACGGUGUCGUACAGCAACCGAUCGAGAUCGGUACCGGGCUGGGCAUGUAUCUGAUUGCACUGAUAGCCGGUAUCAGUGCCGCCAUUACGGUUGCCCUGAUCUCCAUCGGGUUCGGUUGGUACACACUGCACAAGAGGACCAAAGCGGCCGCCGAUGUCGAAUAUCCGGCGUACGGUGUGACGGGACCAAACAGGGAUUCGACGGCAGGCACUGCCGCUUCUGCGGGCGAUCGCAAGCUCGCCCAGAAUGCGCAGAUGUACCACUACCAGCAUCAGAAGCAGCAGAUAAUCGCCAUGGAAAACACGACCCGCAGUGCGCCCCAUUCGGAACAGCCGAGCGAUGACGAGAAUGAGGAAGGGGACUACACCGUGUACGAGUGUCCUGGGUUGGCUCCGACCGGUGAAAUGGAAGUGAAGAACCCGCUCUUCUUGGAAGACGGCCACAUCAGCGGAAUCACCCUGCAGACAUCGAUCAGCGGCGAAGGACCUGCCAUCGGAGUGGUAUAUUUGGAAAAGACAGUUCAACCGCAGGCUCACAACAAUAUCAAAAAAUCGGGAGAAUAAGCCUAACUGAGCGAGCGAGCGCUUUCGAACUGGAACUCACUGCAACCCCUCCCGUUCGUUGCCAUAUCCGGUGGUACCUUACCUUUUCUAUCGAUGUUUUACGCCUAGUCCUUAGUCGAAGCAUCUGUAGCUUUGCCAUUGUCUCCCUGUCCAUUUAAGGCCUAACGCUUAUAAAAAAACUGCGAUUAAUCUACUCAAUAAUUUUCCCUCCCGUGUUGGAGAUUUUAACAAUUACUUACCCACUCCAUCCAUCUACCCCCGUUCCCGGAUCUCACUUUCCCGGAAGCUUUCCGUUUUCCAUCUAUCACAUUUUAACAAACAGUCCUCUGUGCAUACAAUUAAAGGACUGCUACUCCCGAUCUUUUUGUGGAUCGAACAUCCGUUGUUUGAUCAUGUCAAACAGAACGAACAAAAUGUGUUACUUGAAGAAUGUUUGCUACAGGCUAUAAAAAGAGAGAGAGAGAGAGGAGGAGGAGGAGAAGAAGGAGGAGGAGAGAGAAAGAGAGAUGGUUAAUAUAUACAUUACGAUGAUAAAAUACUAAACUUCUAUAUUUAUACACAUACAGACAGACACACACACAGACACAAAGCGCGUAUACAUAUGCAUAUAUCAAUGUUAAUAAAUUGUAUCAAACCAGAGAUUUUUAUUCUUGCCUAAGCGCUGUGCAAUUUUAAAACGAAAGCCAGGCCAACGUACGAAAUUCAGAAGCAAGUGGUACAAAACCGAAGAGGCUAUAGUCAAAUAAUCGAGUCGAGAUGGUAAAGGAUAAGUAAAACAGAGGGCCCGGAAUAAGACAAUUAGUAACUGUAUGAUAGCAAACACAAUGAACAAUUGUAGUGAACAAAAAAAGAAAAAAAAAAAGAAACAAUCUUUACUACUUGAGAUGCUACGAGGAAGGCACAAGGAACUGGGGACGACAAUUUUCCCGAGCAUGAGUUGAGGAGUACUCGGGGGCUCGCAUACUAACCCCCGAACGUGAAAGGUCAAACAAUUUAAAUAUAUUUGUAAUGAACGUCUAAUAACCGGUCAUAUAAUGAACGGAGCAGCUGUGCUAUAGAAAAAAAAGAAAACGUUCCCCCCCCCCUCCUCCCCCCCCCCCUACCAUUCCACAUUGAUAAGCUGUGAACAAACAAACCAAACUAAACCAAACCAAAAGCAUUUACACACUGGAUAAGGACAAUGAAACACAAUCAGCGCUGGAGUCAGCUGGAGAGAAAAUUUCUUCCUGUCUGGUAGUUUUUUGUUCUGGAAGUUGCAAAACCGAUCACCAAUCAGCAAAUACAGGUGCAACACCGUAGUGGAUAAAACUUGUGUACUGCAAGCAAAUUGUGUGGAUGAAAUAAAUACCUAGCGUCAGAUGUGCAUACCAAA